CAAGACCUGCCAGCAGAGCUCACUGGAGCAGGGAGACAUCCCAUCAUCCUUUUGGCGCCUGACAAAGCUUGAGAUUCAGAUCCUGCUGAACGAUGUUAAGCAGUCGAUUAACCACAUGCAGGGGAUGCUGAACACCAUGCAGGGGCAGUGUAUUGAGUUGCAGACUGCCAUAUCUAAGAUCAUCACACCAGCCGAAGUUGCUGUGCAGAGGGAGGAGAUCUUCCGAGCAUCAGGCCUCAUCCCGUCACAGAGGAAGGGUAUCCUCCAAACAGCCAGUGUCCCUUCACAGAGGGAGGGGAUUCUCUCAGCCGCCAUCAUCAAUGCACAGAGGGAGGAGAUCCUCCGAUCAUCAGGCCUCAUCCCGUCACAGAGGAAGGGUAUCCUACAAACAGCCAGUGUCCCUUCACAGAGGGUUGGGAUUCUCUCAGCCGCCAGCAUCCAUGCACAGAGGGAGGAGAUACUACGAUCAUCAGGCCUCAUCCCUUCACGGAGGGAGGGGAUCCUCCAAACAGCCAGUGUCACUGCGCAGAGGGAGGAAAUCGUCCCAAUGGCCAGCGUCCCUGUGCACAGGGAGGAGACUGUCCCAAGGGCUAGUGUCCCUGCUGAGAGGGAGGAGAUCCUCCGAGCAUCAGGCCUCAUCCCUGCACAGAGGAAGGGGAUCCUCCAAACAGCCAGUGUCCCUGCACCGAGGGAGGGAAUUCUCCGAGCAGCUAGCAUCACUGCGCAGAGGGAGGAGAUCCUCCGAGCAUCAGGCCUCACCCCUACAAAGAGGGAGGGGAUUCUUCCAGCAGCUUCUAACACUGCGCAGAAUUAUAAGAUCCUCAGAGCAUCACAACUCACCCCUGCACAAAGGGAGUUGAUCCUCCUGAUGACCAGUGUCACUGCGCAGAGAAAGGGAAUCUUCCCAAAGGCCAGCGUCCCUGCGCACAGGGAGUGGAUCGUCCCAAAGGCUGGUGUCCCUGCAGAGAGGGAGGAGAUCCUCCUCACAGCCAGUGUCCCUGUGAAGAAUGAAAACAAUCAUCCACAACCACCUCCCAUUAUCCCCAUUGUUGCACCACUGUGGAAAUGGGAUGGUGGAGCGUGUAUUCCACCUGUGGAUUUCUAUUCCAAGAGAAGAGGUCACUUAACUUUACCUAAUUAGUAAAGAAACGACCAUUGUGAUAGCGUGGGAAUAAGUUGUGAUAGGUUAAAUGUACGGCUCAUGUGAGUGUAUAUCUGUAAUACUUUCAUGCAUUUUCUACAUAAAACAGGUUUAGCUACAUUUUACUUUUACAUUUUAGUCAUUUAGCAGAAGCUCUUAUCCAGAGCAACUUACAGUAGUGAGUGUAUACAUUUUCAUACUCCCGUAAAUCUCCCCAGGAUUUCGCAUGGAUUUUUUAAAUAUUUGCAGAUAAAUAUGCUAGAUUUUGCAGCGACAAUUAUGACAUUUUGCAUAGCAAUCUGCAAUUGUUUUGUCCAAUUUGUUGCAAAAAUGAGCUGACAAGGGAAAAGACUGUGUUGACGUGUGUCUUGAUUAAACCAUAUUAUGCAGUAAAUGUGCAGUGAUUGGUUGAAAUUGCGAGCCCUCUUUUUGUACUCUGGUAAUGGUUCAGUUCUAUGCGAUGAUAAUAUUGUGAUGAUGUGACUAUUUUAUGCAGAAA